AUCUCACUCGGACUCUGGAUUCAGUUUAUCAUCUAGCUCCUCCGGGGAGGUAAGUUUCUAUUGAUCCAAGACACGUGUAGUGGAGUGGCGGUCAUAAUCACCUAAACCCUGUUCUCGUUGUUCUCGAUUAAUAUAUGUGUUCUCGAGGAACUGCACGAUCCUGACAUUCGUCUGGGAUGCUUCAGGUUACUGGGACUCCCUUUGAUUUUGGGACACAGCGCUAUGAAUACCCCUUCCCUCCCACUCAAGGUACAUCAAGCGAUCCAUAUUUACCACUUUCUUCAUCAAUUACAAUCACAUCUCCAUCCAACUCCAUCUGGCCUUUGUGGCCUGCACAAGUCACAAAAUCUUUCCCUCUCACUCCUCCUCCCCCCAGAAAAGUCAGGACCCAUCCGAAGUUGCGAUCCGUGGCUGCGCGAGAACCACCCGUUCCGCCUAGCCUAGCGAAUAAACGUAGUUUCUGGAGCCUGAGCCUGCAACGCCAGGCCUCUGCAGAAAGUCAACAAAGCGACUUUAGCGACACCCAAACACGCGGCCGGAGGCUUCCUCCUGGUGGUGUGGGGUUUACCGAGGCAGACGCCUAUUCCGCGUCCGAAUCGGAAAUCACUGUGCGCCGUCGUCAGCCUUCAGCAUAUGCCGUAUAUGCUUCUGGCUCUAGGAUGGAUCCAAGUGGGGGAACAGGCAAUCAAAAUGGGUUGAUAACAUGUGGCGGUCGUGCGCCAGAAGUACCGGUUGCGGGUGGACCAGCCUCUGGUCAUGGGCCCAAUGGUGGCCAUAAUAAACUUGACGUCGGUCUUCACUCGCAUACACCGUCAGGGGCACAUUCGCUUACUGAAUAUCGUCCUAUCAGCUGCGGCCAGGGAAUGCGCCAAAUCGGGGCAAUGUACAAAACUCGUCUGUCGGCGAGGUUUUAAGAAUAGUCGCCGGUCGACGUAGGUGAUGAUUCUUUUUUGACUGAACUUUGUGACGGAUUUGACAUCAGUUUUGAAUUGGGUUUUACGCUUUUUC